UGAAAAAAAACACCAAUAAAAAACAGGCUAUACAGUUGAUACGAGGACGCUUAUCAGUUACACAUCGGUGCCAUUUUCUUAGUCCUAGUACAAAAGAUUAACGCACAGCAGUUUGAACUUUUAAGCACUAAAUUUUGAUACCAGGGUAUCUUGCGACGGGAAGGUACUAAACUGUAUUGGUCCCAUGCUGACUGUUUUUUAUGUUUUUGCGUGGCUGUAUGGUCUCUGUUCCGAGAGAAAACGUCAGGUAUCCUACACGGCAUUCCUACUGCUUCCUAGGGACUGUUAGUCAAUCUAGUACACACAUGCCAAAGUCAAAAAAGGAAUGCAUUUUGACAAGCUGGCCGUGUGGCACAUUCGCAUCGCACUACUACCCACCGCUGUUAGGUACCCAAAUAGUAAAAAGGGGAGUUUCUUGAUCUGACCACCCAACCGUAGAACAUGCAUGCGCUCCCAAGAAAUUUCAGCCGUUGGGUUGGGUGCCUUGUUACCCGAAACAAUGACGAUGAUGCCCCUGCGUCCAACUCGUCGUCUCUCAGCGUCGUGCACCGGCACGGCCCGUGCUCGCCGCUGCUGGCUCGGGCCGGCGGCGCGCCGUCCCACGCGGAGAUCCUGGACCGGGACCAGGACAGGGUGGACUCCAUCCACCGCAGGUCGUCGGCGGCGGUCCACACGGCCCGCGCCUCCAAGGGCGUGUCCCUGCCGGCGCGCACGGGCGUGUCCCUCGGCACGGGCAACUACAUCGUCUCGGUCGGGCUCGGCACGCCCCGGCGGGACUUCUCGGUGGUGUUCGACACCGGCAGCGACCUGUCGUGGGUGCAGUGCAGGCCCUGCAACGGCUGCUACGAGCAGCAGGACCCGCUCUUCGACCCGGCGCAGUCGUCCACGUACGCCGCCGUGCCCUGCGGCGACCCGCAGUGCCGCGGGCUCGACUCGUGGACCUGCGCGUCGUCGGGCAGCAGGUGCCGCUACGAGGUCGUCUACGGCGACCAGUCGCAGACCGACGGCAACCUCGUGCGUGACACGCUGGCGCUGGGGCCGUCCGACGCGCUCCAGGGGUUCGUCUUCGGGUGCGGCGACGACGACUCCGGGCUGUUCGGCAGGGCCGACGGGCUCGUCGGCCUCGGCCGCAACAGGGUCUCGCUGGCCUCGCAGGCGGCGGCCAGGUACGGCGCGGGGUUCUCCUACUGCCUGCCCUCGUCUCCGAGCGCCGCGGGGUACCUGUCCCUCGGCGGCGCCGCGCCGUCCAACGCGCAGUUCACGGCGAUGGUGGCCCGCGGCGACACGCCGUCGUUCUACUACCUCAACCUCGUCGGCAUCAAGGUGGCCGGGCGGACGGUCAGGGUCCCCGAGGCCGUGUUCCGGGCGCCCGGCACGGUGAUCGACUCGGGCACCGUCAUCACCCGCCUCCCGGAGACCGCCUACAGGGCGCUCCGGGGGGCGUUCGCGCGCUUCAUGCGCAAGUACAAGCGGGCGCCGGCGAUGUCCAUCCUGGACACGUGCUACGACUUCACGGGCUACACGACGGUGCAGAUCCCGUCGGUGGCGCUGGUGUUCUCCGGCGGCGCCACCGUGAGCCUCGACUUCAACGGGGUGCUGUACGUGCCCAAGGUGUCGCAGGCCUGCCUGGCGUUCGCGUCCAACGGCGACGACACCAGCAUCGGCAUCCUCGGGAACACGCAGCAGAAGACGUUCGCCGUCGUCUAUGACGUGGCCAACCAGAAGAUCGGGUUCGCCGCCAAGGCCUGCACCUGAUCGAGCGACUAGUCUAUACUCUCUAGUCAAAAUCACCGAGGCGGACGUUCGCCGCCGGUGAUUUGAUAGCACGAUUCAUACACGAUACAGGGCAAAACGAUGAUCACGAGAUGUAAUGUGAUGCGAUACUGAAAGGAAAUAAGCAUCAUCAAGCCCGAAAAUCUGCACAA